GAUGCAAACAGAUUCAUUAUCUCCAUCCCCUAAUCCUGUGUCACCUGUGCCUUUGAAUAAUCCAACAAGUGCCCCAAGAUAUGGAACAGUGAUCCCUAAUCGCAUCUUUGUAGGAGGAAUUGACUUUAAGACAAACGAAAAUGAUUUAAGAAAAUUUUUUUCCCAAUAUGGGUCUGUAAAAGAAGUGAAGAUUGUAAAUGACAGAGCUGGAGUGUCCAAAGGGUAUGGUUUCGUCACUUUUGAAACACAAGAAGAUGCACAAAAAAUUUUACAAGAGGCAGAAAAACUUAAUUAUAAGGAUAAGAAACUGAACAUUGGUCCAGCAAUAAGAAAACAACAAGUAGGGAUCCCUCGUUCCAGUAUAAUGCCAGCAGCUGGAACAAUGUACCUAACAACUUCAACUGGAUAUCCUUACACUUAUCAUAAUGGUGUUGCUUAUUUUCACACUCCAGAGGUAACUUCUGUCCCACCACCUUGGCCUUCACGUUCUAUAUCUAGUUCCCCUGUGAUGGUAGCUCAGCCUGUUUAUCAGCAACCUGCAUAUCAUUAUCAGGCCCCUGCACAGUGUCUACCAGGACAGUGGCAGUGGAGUGUUCCUCAGUCUCCUGCUUCUUCUGCGCCAUUCUUAUACCUACAACCUUCUGAGGUUAUUUAUCAACCAGUGGAAAUUGCACAAGAUGGCGGAUGUGUUCCUUCUCCACUGUCUCUGAUGGAGGCUUCAAUUCCAGAGCCUUAUUCUGAUCAUGGAGUUCAAGCAACAUAUCACCAGUUUUAUGCUCCAAGUGCCAUUGCUAUGCCUGCACCAGUGAUGCAGCCUGAACCUAUUAAAGAACCAAGGUUACAUUCUGUGAGAAGAAGCUUUUCUCAACCUUCAUCUGUAGGUUUGAAACCUCGAUAUUCUCGAAGCCACUUUCAUCCUAGGAAAGAUUUCAGAGCAGAGGAUUCAAUUCUUACUCCACCUUCCUCUACUGAUUCUGUUAAGUAG